CAUGGGAUUGUAAUUAGCAUCCUCUCCACUACCACUUUCGUUCACCCCAAACACAGUGCAUGCACCUCAAUUUGUGUCUCUGAAUUAAUCACAAUGGAAGAGGAGCAAAAACUGACAAAUUUUGAGGGAAGUGAGACCAAACUUGAGUUGAGUGUGGAUGAGGUGGUGGAAGGGUAUGUGGGGUCAUUGGGGUUCUCUCAGAUGGUGCAUGUGCUAUUGGUGUCUUUGGCAUGGAUAUUUGAUGCUCAGAGUACUUUGGUGACAAUCUUCAGUGAUGCUCAACCACCUGCAUGGAGGUGCAAAAAUGGAUUCUGUCAAAGUAACAACAGCACUGGCUCUGUCUGUGAGAUGGUGCCUGGGACUUGGGAAUGGAUUGGUGGCCACACAAGUUCCAUCAUAGCUGAGUGGAAUCUUAUUUGUGAUAGAAGGUUUCUGGCUGCUGCGCCUGCUUCUGUCUACUUCCUUGGUUCUCUCUUAGGGUCUGCUAUGUAUGGUCACCUGUCUGAUUCAUGGUUAGGCAGAAAAAGAACAGUGCAACUUUCAUGCAUCUUAACCUCCAUCACAGCCUUUGCCACCUCUCUCUCCCCAAACAUUUGGACCUAUGCCUUCUUCCGUUUUGCCAAUGGAUUUGCAAGAUCAGGAAUCGGCAUAUGCUGCCUAGUCCUCACCACAGAAUCAGUAGGUCGCAAGUGGCGUGGCCAAGUUGGCCAAUAUGGCUUCUUUUUCUUCACACUAGGCUUCCUCACACUCCCCCUUGUGGCCUAUCCAACAAGAACAUGUUGGAGGACCUUAUACAAAGUCUUGUCACUCCUUCCACUAGCAUAUUCUCUCCUACUUCUCCCUUUGGUCUCAGAAUCCCCACGUUGGCUCCUCAUAAGAGGGAGAUCCAAAGAAGCCCUUGAAGUCUUGGACAGGUUUGCUAGGCUUAAUGGGAAGAAAAAACUCCCCAACAACCUCACCUUGAUCAACCCUUGUGGAUCAAGUUCUGCAUCAUGCAAUGAUAAUACUACUACUAGUGAAGCAAGUCCUAACAACAAAGAGAAUCUUUGGACCACAAAAUGGGCAGCUAUGAGAAUGAUCACUGUUAUGCUAUCUGGCUUUGGAGUUGGCUUUGUUUACUAUGGUGUUCAACUCAAUGUGGAAAACUUGAACUUCAACCUCUAUGCCUCAGUUGCACUCAAUGCAAUAAUGGAGAUUCCUGCUGUGGUGAAUAGACGUUUGUUGUUAUCCGUGUCAUCUUACAUAGCUGCAGUGUCAUCAAUCAUAUGCACAGCUUUUUCACACAAAUCAAAAGUGCAUAAUAAUCACAAGAAUGGUGGUAGUUGGGGGCAGUUGAUUAUUGAAGCAAUUGGAUUCAUGGGGGCUUCCACAGCAUUUGACAUUUUGUACAUAUAUUGUGUGGAACUUUUUCCUACCAAUGUUAGGAACUUUGCUGUGUCAAUGCUGAGACAGGCCAUAAUGUUGGGGGCCUCAGUGGCCCCUUUGCUGGUUGUGUUGGGCCGGUUGAGCCCAUCUCUCUCUUUCCUAGUGUUUGGUGCCUUUGCUAUUUCAAGUGGUGUCUUGAGCAUUUGGCUACCUGAGACUAGAAAUGCUCCUCUCUAUGAAACCCUUAAGCAGCAAGAGGAGGAGGAGAACCACAAUUGGGUCUCUCAUGAUGAUUGUGCCCUUGAGAUGGCAAAAUAACUCAAAAGAGGGUGCUCAUAGAAAUAGUAUUAUACAUAGAUGUUCAACAAGAUUUGACAUUUUAUCACGUCGUGUUAUUCGUUAAUACGAUGUGAUGUUUAAAUUAAUCGUGCUUUUGAAUUUCUGUGGAAAAUUAUUUUAUAUCGACCAUGUACACUAAAUAAACUCUAAUGGGAAUAGGGUGGUUAGCGGUUCAAAAUGGUUGGAGUAAGGGAGAACGAAAAUCAUUAUGUUGGGAUGACCACAUGUUGUGUCCUAAUGUAAUAGGAUCUGAUUAGUAAUGUAUUUUCAAAUGCCAUAAUUGUGAAGGGCAUUGCUUACGAGACUAAAAAAAGUCAUGCCUCAACUCA